CUAGAAGCUUCCAGCAGCCGAGCGUCGAGUCCAUCGGCGGCGUUGAAAUGGCCAGUUAUAUUCAUGUCCCGUCUGCGGUGCAAGCUAUCCCCAAGGUGCACCUCACGGUCGAUCAGCAGGACGUGGAAGCGGGCUCCAGGCGACUAAUGAAAGAAGUGAGGCCGCACUGGGACCCGGCCCAGGUUAAAUUGAAGGUGUUCACAAAUGGUAUCACAAACAAGCUUGUUGCUUGUUAUGUUGGUGAUUCCUUAGAUGAUGUUGUCUUGGUGAGGGUAUAUGGUAACAAAACAGAGUUGUUUGUUGAUCGUGAAAAUGAGCUGAAGAGCUUUCAUGUACUGCAUGCCCAUGGCUGUGCACCACGACUAUAUUGCACCUUUCAGAAUGGGCUCUGCUAUAAAUUUAUGGAAGGCAGUGCAUUGGAUCCGGAGCAUGUCAGGAACCCAUCCGUUUUCAGGCUUAUAAGCAGGCAGCUGGCAAAGAUUCAUUCGAUUCAUGCUCAUAAUGGUUGGGUUCCCAGGCCAAAUCUAUGGUUGAAGCUGGAAAAAUAUUUCACUCUUAUUCCCACAGAGUUUGCAGACGAAUGCUUGCAUGCAAGAUUCUUAACGGGAGUCCCUGCUCAUCAGGAGCUUGAACAGGAAUUAGCCUGGAUGAAGAAACAUCUUUCUAGUCUUGGCUCCCCAAUAGUGCUCUGCCACAAUGAUUUGUUGUGUAAAAAUAUUAUCUACAAUGAAAAAGAAGGUCAUGUGAGAUUCAUUGAUUAUGAAUAUGCAGGCUACAACUAUCAGGCAUUUGACAUUGGGAACCACUUCAAUGAAUUUGCAGGUGUAAAUGAAGUUGAUUACAGUUUGUAUCCAGCUAAAAAUGUCCAGUUGCAGUGGUUGAAGUCCUACCUUGAAGCCUUAAAAGAAUAUAAAGGACUUGGCACAGAUGUAACUGAUAAAGAAGUGGAAGUACUUUAUUUUCAAGUUAAUCUGUUUGCACUGGCUUCCCAUUUCUUCUGGGGUCUAUGGGCAUUAAUUCAGUCAAGAUAUUCAAUAAUUGACUUUGAUUUUUUGGGGUAUGCAGUUGUACGAUUCCGCCAAUAUUUCAAAAUGAAGCCUGAAGUCAUGAACCUGAAACUCCCUGAAUGAGACGGCAGUUUAUUCAUUACUGAAAGAACAUAAAACAGGCUGAAUGAACUGGGAGUACUGCAAAGUCGUAUUGGAAUGCCAGAGGUUUAAUGAUGUCUAGAAUAACAUGUUAUUGUAUUAAAACGAGAGACUCAACCAAAAAUGUGGCUUACGGCACAGUUUCAUAAUUCAGUAUGAAAUAUGCUAAUUAGUUAUGUUAGAUAAUUUUCUAAAUUCUAAAUAACUAGUAGAAACUACCAUUACACGCAACUAAAAGUUCUAAUGGUUCCUCAGUGAAUGUUCUUUACAGUACCACUGCUAAUAAUUGUGCUGAGGCAAAAUCAUGAAGCAAUGUUUUACACACUCCCAGAGAUGAUAAAAUCUUCACCAAUCUAAUCUUGGGUAAAAACCCUGUUCAAGGCUGCGUGUAGAUUUUUUUCAGCAAUGCCACAAGCAUUGUGAGAUCUAAAGUUACAGGGGCGCUGUGUCGGGGAAGUGGGAAGAUAUUCAAUGAUUAAUAGUGUUGGAAUUUCUAUAGCAGGAAAAGCGGUUUAAGUCUUCUAAAGAGACAUCUGCUUACACAGGAACCUGACUUUUGGGCUAAUGGUCUUGUUUGCACUUAUAGUUCCAUGAGUCAUUUGUGGAAUCCUCUAGUAUUCUGCUGGCUGCUGAGGCAAUAUGCGGGUUUUGUAACCCAUCAAGGAUUGGAUAGUGGAGGAUACACAUCAUGAGCAUUUUUGCGAGCAUUUACAUAUACCAGAAAAUUGGUGGAAAUAACAGGUCAAGCAGCAAUGUGAAGAGAGAAAUAAUAUGUAAGUGGCGAUUCUGUUUGCACCAUUUCCCUUAAUUCUCUACAAUCCUGUCUUAUUUUUAGCUUAGAACUUUUUGACCUAUGUUGAUCCCUGAACCUCAAUUUUAAAAUUCUUUGAGAACUGUUUGACUGCAACUUUGGUCUCUUGUGUAUUCCCCACUUCUUUCACCCCACCUUGACAACUGUGCCUUUAGACACCCAGGUUGUUCAACAAUAGGUAUAAACUUAAAACCCAGUUGCACCUCAUGGGGAAAAAUAAGUUACUUGUUUGAAGGAUUUUUACAGUGAGUCUAAGUGUAAGAGGGCAUCAAUUCAGUAAAUUGCAGAUUUGGGGGAAGGGUUGGAUUUCCACAUUUGAAUAAAACCAGAUACCAUUUUGUAUGUUUGCAAACAGUCUGAAUCUAAUUCCUGUAGUUAGUUUUCCAAAAACCUGUGUUUUUAUUGGUCCGAAUGGGUACAUAAUUACUGUUGUGAAUACUAAAACUGUUACAAAUAAAGAAACACUUGUGAAGUAAGCAUAGGUUCAUAAUUUCUUUGCCAAAUGUUAAAACUUAAGAGUAGAUAUAAAAUCUAAAUGGUUACUCUUGGUUGAAAAGGUUUGGUCUUGCAUUCAAAUAAAGCAAUAGGAAUUUUUUUUCCAAUUCAAUAGUCUUAAUUCACAAGUCAUGUCAUUUUCUUCCCUCUGGCUCUACAUUCAGUUUUACCCCAUUGCUUGAAGCUUGUAUAUUGAAAUGAACAAUUGUGGUGUUUGUGAAAUUGAACAUUUUUAUGUUAAGAUUAGUAACCUGUUACAUCUCUAACUUUAUCCAGUUCUGUUAAAAGGGCAUCAACCUGAAAUGUUAACUGUGUUUCUCAUAUUUCCUGCAAUUUGUUUUUAUUGUCCUUUUUAACAGUUCCGUCUUAAACUGAACUCGAUUGCAUCAAUUGAAUGCAAUAGCCUCUAAAAAAAAAAAUCACCUUGCACCUAGCCAAUAUAUACAUUCAAAUAUUAGGCUUUAAGUAAUGUAGUAUCUUUCAACAUCUACAUUUUUGUGCAGAAAACCAUCUUCUAUCAAAUUCAGUAGUCGUCCUUCUUUUAAAAUAUAAUUAAGAACUUGUGCAAAUAUGUGUAUUUAUAUAUGACCAAUUAUUUUAUUUAAUGAGAAUCAGUCUGCUGGGGACUGCUUAGGACAUCAAUGAAAGUUAAUUUGAGUGAUAGUGAGAAUGUGUUCCGUCACAUUAAAGUUGGAGGAUCUGAUUUUGUGGCCUAGAAUGUUGAGAUUAACCAUCAAAAGUGAAGCUAUGUAAUGUUUCCUAAGAUGGUCUCAAAAGGUAUUAAUACAUUUUUGCGAAAUUCAUGUAAACGUUGCUGCAUUGAUUUGUCACCCUGCAAGACACUUUGUGCAUCAGAGUGCUGCAGCUCUUUUUAAAGAAAAGAUGUAGUUAGAUUAUGGCAAGGCAGCUGUCAAAAGGAUGUUUUAAACCAAUAUUAUUUUUGAAAUGUCACAUAACAAUUCAAAAUAAAUUCAUAACCGAUGCAGCACAAUUCAAGACUAUUACCAUAAAGUCAUAGAAUCAUACAGUGCAGAUGGGCAUGCAGCCCAUCAUGCCUGUGCUGGCUCUUUGCAGCUAUCCAAUUAAUCCCACUCCCAUGCUUUUACCCCAAAGCCUUACAAAUGUUACAAUUUCAUACAUCUACAUCUACCACCCUGUUGGGCAGUACAUUCCAGAUCAUAAUUUGUACAUAAAAAGAAUCCUCAGCUCCCCCCUGCUGCUUCUGUCAAGUCCUGAGCAGCCAUAACCAAGAUGGUGGGGUUUUUUGCAUUGAUCCUGUGGUAAUGGAGAGUAUGAGGCAGGUGCUUUUCUGACUUUGCUUCUGUGGGUAUGAGCUUACUUUGGCUGAAAUUUUUGUUUAUGCAUCCCAGAAUUUGUUGCUUUUGUAGUAACUUUACAAUGUGAUGUAAAUCGAUUACUAAAAGUGACCACUUAAUUUAUAUAGAGAAGGUUAUGCCUGCUUGAAAAUUAAAUGUAAAUUUGUAAAUAAAAUUCUUGUCUCUGUA